UCAAGGUAUGUGGAAUUUAAACAGGCACCUACAGAAAAAGCUAAGUAAUGCAAGGCUCACCGAACGAUUUGCUUUUAUCAAUCCAGCUUUAGUCUCUAAAGCUGGAAUGGGUGAGACAACAAAGGAAAAUAGGUCAAGGUUGAUUGCAAAUCGUUUAAUGCAUGCAAAGCGUGCUGACUACAUUUUUAUUCCAUAUAACCCUGAUUUCCACUGGGUCUUGGUGGCAUUGGAUAUGAGGACAAUGACUGCGUACUACCUUGAUCCGAUGCAAAAGCAACCAUGUGAUGAUCUUAAGGAAAUUGUUAACAUGGCACUACGAAUUCAUCCACCAGAGAAACAAAGAUCAUCAAAGAGGGAGCCGACAUGGGUAAAAGUAGUGAUGCCCUCAUUUCAGUCCAGUAAGAGUUGUAGAUCACAUUUUGACGAUUCUCAUAAGUUCUCAUCUCAUGAUAAGUAAUUUUUUCCUCCAUAGUGAUAGAAUAUAAUAGUUUUAUACAUAAACUAUUUCAAUAUAACAAAUCAAAUUAUUACAUCAUCACCAAUGUUGUUACAUGGAGAAGUUAUUUUUGUUAUUGUUGUAUGGAGAAGAAGCAUAUAAUUUGUGAACUCAAUAAAUCAAAUUAUUAUAUCAUGAUCAUCAAUGUUGUCAUUAUUAUUGUUGUUGUUGCAUAGAGAAGUUGUUAUUGUUAUAUGUUUGGACUAAACAAAUCAAAUUAUUACUAAUAUAAUUAUCACCAUUGAUCAUCAAUGUUAUUGUUAUUGUUAUUGUUAUUGUUGUUGUUGUUGUUGUUACAUGGAGAAAUUGUUAUUGUUGUAUGGAGAAGUUAUUGUUGUUGCAUCAACAGGUUGUUGUUGGAUGGAGGGAUGGUAGAGAGCUUUUUUUUGUGUAGGGUUAAUUAUUAUAUUUGGGUUAUAAUUUUGGAAUUGAAAAUAAAGGCAAGUUUUAGAAUGGUUGUUAUUAUGACAUUUAACCAAUGAUUUGUAGGUUUCUAUUGCCUUGGUUAUGCUCUUUUAAUUUUUAGUUUAAUACUCUUUUUUUCCUUAUGGAAUGUUAUUAGUUAACUAAAUUUGGUAAUAUAGGAAAGUUGUAAGAAGAAAUUAAGGCAUUUGCAAAUGGUUAAUAUUAAAUGUCUUAUAUUACUAGAUAUGAUGAUUUAUGAUUGAAACUAAUUAUAAACCAUACCUAUUGGUAUAUUCAUAUAUUUAUUUCUGAGAAAUGAGUUUGAUAUGU